UUUGGUCACAACAUUAUUAUACUGAUGUUUAAACACAAGCUAUUAAAAUGUUAUGUUUAAAUGUUUAUUUUUUAGAAUAUGACAUGAGUUUUCAUAACUAAAUUCCAUUGCUUUCGUAUUUGAUUAAUUAUAUAUAAUGCACUUUUUAUUUAUUCUAAUUACUAAUUUUUAAUUUCUCAUAUUUGAAAGCCGUUUCUCCCUCUUCCUUCCUUCAUCCUCCAUACCAUCUUUCAAGCUCCAUAGCCAAAACAUGGAGACAUUAGCUGCUGACGUCACUACCGUAGCUCGGAACAAAUGGGAUUUCAGAUGCAACUUGGAAGUAGAUUAUGCCUCUGAGGAAGUUGCUCGUAUGGUUUAUGCUGCUCUGGCCGUUGAUAAGGAGUUACAACCGGAUAAGGUGAAAAGGCAUAUGUCGGUAUCCAACGGGAAACUCUCGGUGGACUUUGAGGCGGUCGAAGCAAGAUUUCUUCGUGCAUCGUACAGUGCUUGUGUCGAUAUUCUUACACUUGCCACCAAGACAAUCGAAGAAUUUGGUCAGGGAUUGAUACAGUGACAUUAGAAAGUGUAUUAGUAUUAGAAUUUGGUCAUAGAUUUAUCGUCUAUCAUAAUACUAUUAUACUAUGUUGUUAUCUUCAAUUCAAAAUAAUCAAGAUUUUGAUAUUAACCAUA